UUGUUUUCUUUUUCAAUAUUUUCUGUCAAAAUAAUGAUAUUCCAGUUUAUUAGUGUAUAUGUCAGAUUUCUUAAAAGAAAUAUAAAUCAAAACACAAAAAAAACACAAUAAAUCCGUGAUGUGAGUUUGAGCAGUGCUGAACUUCAAAAGUCCGCCACUAGAGUACAGCACUUCCUUUUGUCAACUUCCGUCAAGCAUGCCUCCCAAAAAGGACGCAAAGGGAGGAAAGACGGCUGCUAAGCAGCCUCAGAAGACCCAGAAGAAGAAAGAGGGGUCUGGAGGAGGCAAGGCCAAGAAGAAGAAGUGGUCCAAGGGAAAGGUCCGUGACAAGUUGAACAACCUGGUGUUGUUUGACAAGGCGACCUAUGACAAACUGUACAAGGAGGUGCCCUCGUACAAGCUGAUCACGCCGUCAGUGGUCAGUGAGCGGCUGAAGGUGCGCGGAUCGCUGGCCCGUGCCGCGCUCAUCGAGCUCCACAGCAAAGGGCUGAUCAAGCUGGUGACGAAGCACCACGCCCAGAUGAUCUACACCCGGACCAUCGCCGCCGACGAUGAGGAGACCAAGUAGAGCCACUGUCCAUUCAUAAACAAAUAAACAAACAAAAAAACUA